AUGUUCGCCAAACCAGGCAGAGGGAUGCUCGAGGAGCACGAGACCGUCCCCAAGCCCCAAUUCGUGCCGCAGCGCACGUUUGGUACUGCUGCUGAGCGCGCUCGUCGGAACAUCAACGCUAAACUCUCCAACCCGUUGGCUGGGUAUAGCCACGCUGAACUGCGCAAACGGGGUCAUAGGUUUGCGAUCGCUCAUGAAAUUGGAGAUGAAUCGGAUAUUCGCGCUUUCGGGCUGGGUGCUGUGCUUGCCCAGAGCCCUGAGAAAUAUGAUCGUGUGUCGGGAUUGACGGAUCAGGAGAAGGAGGUUCUGCGUCGCGAGUUUGCGCAUCGCUGGUCGCAGCCAUGGAAAAUGUAUGCGGUUAUUGCGCUGUGUUCGCUGUCUGCGGCCGUCCAGGGAAUGGAUGAAACUGUAGUAAACGGAGCCCAAAUCUGGUACAAACACCAAUUCGGCAUCGCCGGCGACGAUUCGAGAAGCACCUGGCUAGUCGGCCUUGUCAACGCCGCACCAUACCUCUGCUGUGCCCUCGUCGGGUGCUGGCUCACGGUCCCAUUCAACCAUUGGUUCGGUCGCCGAGGAACAAUUUUCAUAACGUGCUGCUUUUCGGCCAUUGCUUGUCUCUGGCAGGGCUUCGUGUCAACAUGGUGGGCAAUGUUCGUCGCCCGCUUCGCGCUGGGCUUUGGCAUCGGCCCCAAAUCAGCGACUGUGCCAGUCUACGCCGCCGAAACAGCGCCGCCAGCAAUCCGUGGUGCUCUCGUUAUGCAGUGGCAGAUGUGGACGGCUUUUGGGAUCAUGCUCGGGUACGCCGCAGACCUGAUCUUCUACCAGGUGUCCGAUACCUCUGCCAUCGUCGGACUCAAUUGGCGUCUAAUGAUGGCUUCUGCCAUGUUUCCCGCUCUGGUGGUCUGCUGCUUCGUCUUCACCUGUCCCGAGUCGCCACGCUGGUAUAUGAGCAAGAAGCAAUAUUUUCGCGCUUACCAGUCCAUUUGUACCCUGCGUCACCAUAAGAUCCAAGCGGCCCGUGACUUGUACUACAUGCACGUCCUCCUCGAAGCCGAGGAUACCAUGGUCCUCGGUCAGAAUAAGCUACUGGAACUGAUUACUGUCCCGCGUAACCGUCGGGCGAUGAUCGCGUCGGAAUUGGUCAUGUUCAUGCAGCAAUUCUGUGGGGUUAACGUGAUCGCGUACUAUUCAAGCGAAAUAUUUCUGGAAGCAAACUUCUCUCCAGCUUCCGCAUUAGCAGCCUCUCUCGGCUGGGGCGUCAUCAACUGGCUCUUCGCAAUCCCGGCAAUCUACACAAUCGACACCUUCGGCCGCCGCAACCUCUUACUAUCUACGUUUCCCCUCAUGUCCGUCGCAAUGUUCUUCACGGGUUUUUCCUUCUGGAUCCCUGAAUCCAGCCACGCCGCCCGAAUAGGCUGCAUCGUUCUAGGCACAUACCUCUUCGGCAUAGUCUACUCCCCCGGCGAAGGUCCCGUCCCCUUCACAUACUCCGCAGAAGCGUAUCCGCUUUACGUCCGCUCGUACGGAAUGGCGCUCGCGACGGCGACUACCUGGUUCUUCAACUUUGUUCUCGGUGUUACUUGGCCUUCACUGCGAUAUGCUUUCACUACACAGGGUGGUUUUGCGUGGUACGCUGGGUGGAAUAUUGUUGGGUGGUGGCUUGUUUUGUUGUUUAUGCCCGAGACGAAGAAUAAGACGCUCGAGGAGCUGGAUCAGGUUUUCUCGGUACCUACGCGGUUCCAUGCAAGGUAUGGGUUGAGGCAGAUUCCAUAUUUCCUGAAGAGGUAUGUUCUAAGGAGGGAUGUCAGUCCGGAGAUUUUGUACGAGAGGGAGGACAUGGCUCCGAGUCGGGAUCUUGGUAACGCUUGA